UUGGAAAGCUACUAGCCACGGUCGCCAUUAUUCUUCCUGGCUUGACGUUCGAGCAAAACAUUUAUUUACAAAUUUAUUUUAUUUUUAUCAUAUAUUUUUAAGCAAAGAGCACGCUUUCAGCCUUUUAUGUAACUCGUUUGUACCCACGUAAGUUUGCAACGUUGCCCGGCGGCCACAGAAUGGAGAGGCGGUCCGAGGGCGCUGGCGGUGGAGGGGCUCUCCCCCUGGCCUCCCUCCGACUGAUGGCCUCCCCGCUGCAGCUGACGUACUCCUACAUGUGGCAGGUGAUCCGCCAGAGGAACGUCAGUCAGUACAAGAAGGUGGAGGAGUUUGUCACCAUGGUGACACAGACUGUUCCGGAGCUCAUGAGUUUCAAGCAGACGGCCCAGCUCGUCUUGGGUUUGAGGGCAAGGAUCAUUUUGGAUUUACUCCAGAGGGAGGGUCAACCAGACUCCCGCACUAUUCAAACACUAAUAAAUAAACUGAAGAUCACUACACAUCCAGGGGAUGCGGAAGUGGAGAAAUGUCAAACCAACUUCAUGGUGCUGGUCCAGAAUCUGCUGAAAAGCGCCACAGAGAGGAAGCACUUCUUUAAGGAAGUGUUCCCAGUUCAGUAUGGCACAAAGUUUGACACGGCGCUGCAGACUCUGACCGCCGGUCUGGUGUGCAAGUUGGAGCAACUGCUUCCUGUUCCCAAUCUCUCACAGCUCAGUGCCAUGAUCUCCUCAGAGCCCACUAAUCUGGACGCAUGUGGGGGCUUCAUCCCCGAAGGCAGCGACCUCAAAACUCUCCUCCUGUACCAGCAGUCCAAGGGCCUCCUGUCUGGUAAAGCAACCAUCUCGUCUUCAGUGGGCGAGUGUGUGCUCUCGUCGCUAGCCUUCCGACCCAAACCUGUCGAGCCGCCUCCGCCGCCUCCUCCUCCCCCUCCUCCUCCUCCUCCUCCCCCUCCCCCCCCACAGCCCGUGGUCAGCCCCCCGAUCGCAAGCCCGCUCGCUGACCACGACGACUUAGGUGACAUGUCAGACCAGUCGGAUGACAUGGCGGUCCUUGUCACCGCCUCUCAAGUCGACACCGCAGCCAGUAGCGGAGCCGCAAAGGGUCUCCCACAAACAGCGGUUUCUGAGGCGAAUCUGGGGCUGGAGGCGGAGCAAAGAAAAGGAGACGACGAGGCCGUGACGGUAGACAAGUUGGAACAACCACGAACACCCUUGAAAUCCAUCCCCUUCAAGGUCGUGACGGUGCCCAUGAAAACGGCGUCGCCGCAUUCCACCGUGACAAAAGAUGGCCAAAAGGUCCAAACGCAGCGAGUCACCCUGCACCAGUGGGUGUCGCAGAUAGCCACCAACACCAUCUCCCUCCCGGCCUUGCCGCCGCUCCCCCUUGACAGGCUUAGCGAUGACGACUACUCCAGGCCGAGCAUCCGGAGAAAGAAGCAAAUCAGGCCCCCCGCCGACCGGUUCAACUGCAGCAUGUGCGACAAAAGCUUCCCUUACCAGUCCAAGCUCAUGGACCACGAGCGCAUCCACACGGGCGAGAAGCCCUUCGCAUGCACGUCGUGCAACAAAAGCUUCCGCACGCAGGCAUUCCUCAACAACCACCUGAAGACGCACAGCACGGCACGGCCGUACGCCUGCGGCCAGUGCGGCAAGUGCUUCGCCAAGCUGCAGAGCCUCACCAAGCACAUGCUGGCCCACAGCGGCCAGAAGCCCUUCUACUGUGACAUCUGCAACAAGGGCUUCACGCAGUCCACCUACUUCAAGAGGCACAUGGAGUGCCACACCAGCCAGAUGACGUUCCCGUGCAAGCACUGCAACAAGAGCUUCCCGACCUCCUUCAAGCUGAGUAACCACGAGCGCUGGCACACCCGAGACCGCCCGCACAUGUGCGAGCGCUGCGGCAAGCGCUUCCUGGUGCCCAGCCUGCUGAAGCGACACAUGGGCUACCACAUUGGCGACCGCCAGUACCUCUGCUCCCAGUGCGGUAAGACUUUCGUUUACCUCUCAGACCUGAAACGACACCAGCAGGACCACAUCCCCAAAGCCAAGAUCCCGUGCCCCGUGUGCCAAAAGAAGUUCUCCAGCAAGUACUGCCUGAGGGUGCACCUGCGUAUCCACACUCGGGAGAGGCCGUACCGCUGCUCCAUAUGCGAGAAGAGCUUCACGCAAGUGGGGAACUUGAAGGUCCACAUCCGGCUGCACACCAACGAGCGGCCCUUCAGCUGCGAAGUGUGCGGCAAGACGUACAAGCUGGCGUCGCACCUCAACGUCCACAAACGGACUCACUCGUGCAAGAAGCCGUGGAUGUGCGACACGUGCGGGAAGGGCUUUACCGUGCCGGGCCUGCUGAAGAACCACGAGCAGGUGCACCUGCGCGAGGCCAACCCGGACUUAGCUGCCAAGCGCAGGAACAGGGGCAAGCAGAAGAAAAACUCCCUCAAGAGGAAGUUUGACGAGGAGGAGGAGGAAGGCAUCGACGAAUACUGAUGGAAUAUAGUGGUGCCUUGAGAUACGAUUGACUGCGCCAUUUUUUUUGCCUUGACUUACAAGCGUGAGAUACAAGUGCUGUCUGGUGGCAGUGCCUCAACUCACUUCACAACAAGCAGCAAUUUGGCAGCUAAAAUGAGUGAACAAUUCUUCAAAAGAGGCUUCAAGAUGUUUAUUGCCACUCCCCGUUGAAGUUUAGUGUCACACUAAAAAAGAAUUGCACCUUGCGUAUUUAAAAAAAAAAAAAAAAAAACACCUUAGCCCUUCCGUCCGCUAGAUUAAUGCUAACUCUAAAAAAAAGCAUCUAUGUUGCAGUGCUUUAACCGUUUACGUAAUGAAUUGAACACAAUAUAACAGGACUCAGUCUUUAUCCUGUGCAUAGAACUAUUAUUGCCGUACUGAUAACCUGAGAGAGGAGAGAGAUGUCGCAAUUAAUGCUGCAACUAAAAAUAAUUUUAACACGAGUAAUCAACCUGCUUUCAUGGAGGACUACAGAAAUUUGAGAAUAUUUAUUACUGAGGGGCUGAAAUUCCGAGAAUUUAGACAAUUUAAAGCUAAACAAGGUCUCCAGACGAUUCAUCAGUUAUCAAAAUAGUCGAUUAAUUUGAUAAUUGAUUAGUUGGCAAUAACUUGUUGCUCAAUAAACAGGAUAUUUGUUUCUGUCUUUUAUAAAGUACACUGAUAUGGAGUGCUAUUUUUCUGUUGAAAUCUACAAUACAGCAAUUUUUGUUGUUUUUGGGGGAAGACUGGAACGACAUUUCCAUUCGUUUCAAUGGGAAAAGAUUUGAAAUCGAGAGUAGUCAGUGAAAGAAUUCCACUUGUAUCUCAAGGCACAACUGUUAUUUUCAAAGGCUCUUGAAAAAGCAUCCAACGGUGAACACAAGACUUUAAUCUGUAAUCAGGCUUUUGUUUUACAUUUUGCUUCUACUAUCAACUAUGACUUAUCUUAGCUAGCUUUGUAACAUUUUAUUUUGCUUUGCUCAUAAGUAGCUUUCUUCUGUAGCAAGUGUGUGUGUGUGUGUGUGUGUGUGUGUGUGUGUGUGUGUGUCUGUGUGUAUGCAAUCAAUGAACUGAAAGGCAAGCAUGGCAUUAAUCCUUUUCAUUUGUGUAAAAAAAAAAAAAAAAAGUGACAAUGUAUUAUUUUCCUCAGUAGUAUUCAAGUGCAUGUGACUUGACUGUGACAUUUGUAGUAUUCUGACAUUUGCAUUGGGCUACGCUCUGCUUUUGAUUUGGAGUGCAUUAAUGGAUUACGAGUGGAACGUUCAGUGUCAUAGUAUUAAGAUUUUUCUUUUUCUUUUUUUAUAUGCAAAUAUGAUGAUGAAGUUAUAGCUGGACACCUCAGAACAAUAAAAGUGAUAAGAGUA